AGGGCCACCCGAGGGGAGCACCAUGGUCUCCCUAAAGCUGCAGAAGCGGCUCGCCUCCUCCGUCCUGGGCUGCGGCCUCAGGAAGGUGUGGCUGGACCCCAAUGAGGUCAACGACAUCUCCAUGGCCAACUCCAGGCAGAAUGUGCGCAAGCUGGUGAAGGAUGGCUUCAUCAUUCGCAAGCCGCAGAAGAUCCACUCGCGCUCUCGCGCGCGCCGCGCAGCAGAGGCCAAGUCCAAGGGCCGCCACACCGGCUACGGCAAGCGCCGCGGUACCCGCGAGGCGCGGCUGCCCACCAAGGUGCUGUGGAUCCGCCGCAUGCGCGUGCUGCGCCGCCUGCUCAAGAAGUACCGCGACAGCAAGAAGAUUGACAGGCACCUCUACCACGAGCUGUACAUGAAGGUGAAGGGCAACGUGUACAAGAACAAGCGCGUGCUCAUGGAGGCCAUCCACAAGCAGAAGGCGGAGAAGAUCCGCGAGAAGAACAUUGCGGACCAGCUGGAGGCGCGGCGGGCCAAGAACAAGGCGACGCGCGAGCGCAAGAUUGCGCGCCGCGAGGAGCGCUUUGCGCAGGGCAUCCCCGCCACCACCGACACCAAGAAGUAGGCAAUGGUGUCUGCAGCAGCGGAGGACCGCCGCCUGCCCCGCAGCGGGCAGGCUGGAAGCAGCAUAGGAUGCAGCGCGGGCGCGCCCCGCGCAGGACGCACACCACGGGCGGGGCUGCCUGCGCUGGUGCUUGGAUUGUAAGAGCACCCCACGCAGAA